CACAGAGAAGGACAGGACAUAGAAUCAAUAUUUGAGGUUAUGGAUUAACCAGAAUGUGAUCUACCGCUUAUGGCUGAAAUUGAAGUCCACAAGCAAAGUGUCUAAAAGCUUGUAAGACACAAGGAAUCCAACUGACAACACAAGACCGAUCCAAGGGAUCCAUACAGCAGUGAUUUAUAUGAGAUAUCGGUUCCUGUGUACGAUGUGGUGGAUUCUUCUCCUUAGCAUCACCAGCUUUACCAUCCUACCUGCUUAUAGCAGCACAAUCUUUUACAAUAGUCAGGAUGCGAAUCGUGUGCUCAAAGUUCGGAAAAGAGCAAAUGGUUUCUUUGAAGAGAUGAAACCUGGGUCACUGGAGAGAGAAUGCUACGAGGAAAGAUGUGACCUAGAAGAAGCAAAUGAGAUAUUUGAGACCCGGGAGGAAACUCUUAACUUUUGGUCAAAGUACUUUGAUGGGGAUCAGUGCCUUUCCAAUCCAUGUGUAAAUGCUGUCUGUAAGGAUGGCAUAGGAAAAUUUGACUGUACUUGCAAUGGGGGCUGGGAAGGAAAAUUCUGUGCUUAUGAGGUGACCCAUCACAGCUGCUCAUUGAAUAAUGGAGGCUGCACACACUUCUGUACAGAGAUUGCAAAUGACACAUCUCGGACAUGCAGCUGUGCCACUGGGUACCAGCUGCAGGAUGAUGGUCGCAGCUGUAAGCCAAAUGGGGAUUUUCCUUGUGGCAGAAGUAAAAUCAUUGACUAUGACUACUCAGCCCGUCUCACAGGAGCAAAGAAAGGGCGCAAGGGGGACAGUCCAUGGCAGGCUUUACUUGUUCAUGGUAAGAAGUUUUUCUGUGGCGGAGUUCUUAUUCACCCAUACUGGGUCCUCACGGCAGCACACUGCUUCAAAGGAGCUCCAAAUGAUGCAAAGUUCUAUGUACGGCUCGGUGAAUACGACCGCCGGAUUCUGGAAGACACAGAGCAGCAAAUUGCAGUCACCAAGCUUUUCCCUCAUCCCAAGUUUGACCCUGCGGAAGUCAAUAAUGACAUUGCUCUUAUGCGUCUUAACCAGGCUGCUGUGUAUAACAAAUAUGUGCUGCCCAUUUGUCUACCAAGCUAUGGACUUGCUGAAAGAAACCUGACAUUAGAGGGCACAGAGACAAUUGUAACUGGCUGGGGGUACCAGGAUCAAACCUAUCGCAACCGCACAACGAUCCUUAGCUAUAUACAGGUCCCUAUAGUCUCCCAAAACAACUGUUCAGAUGUUAUGCGUGGCAGAAUAACAGGUAAUAUGCUAUGUGCAGGAACCCUGGGAGACAGUCAGGAUGCAUGCAGUGGGGACAGUGGGGGGCCCAUGGUGAUUAGAUUUGGUGAUACCUGGUUUCUUGCUGGGCUGGUGAGUUGGGGAGAGGGUUGUGGACGGCUGGAUAAUUUUGGAGUUUACACUAAAGUUCAUUAUUACCUUGACUGGAUAGAUCAGACCAUGGCAAACUAUGAGACUGAGUUGAAAAAAGUGAAGCCGAGUCACAAAAAAAAAACUGAAAGAUAAUCGUCUAUUAGAAAACAACUACUGCAACUCAUUUAAAGACAAGUGCGAUAAUUCUCAUGAAAAACAUUGUUUUAACUAUUUGCCAGCAUUUUAUAAAGAAAUGCAAUAAAGAUCAUAAUCAAUGCCAUA